ACUUUACUGUCAUCAGGGGAGGAACUACAGUCACAGUGAGAGCAUUUCCUGAUCAAAAAAUGAAGCUUUUUUUGAGUUUAUUUGUUGUUGUGGUGACACUUGGUGUCCUGCAAUCUAUACCAGAUGACCAACUGAGAAUCUUCUCAGAGGAAGCUCUUAAACAGCUGUCCCAAGCUGGUGAGAAGGUGGUGGAUGAGGAGAUGAAGAGGGCUCUGGUUGGAGUGAAGCAGAUGAGAGAGGUGAUGUGGAGGAACGAACAGAAACACGAACAUCUGAUGAAAUCUCUGCAGAGGAGCAGCGACAAGAAGAAGGGAGCAGAGCAUUUGGCCCAAGAAGUGACCGCGAAGCUGACGGAGGCGGAGGAGCAGUGUAAGGACUCGCUCCAGUCUGAAUGGGAUGAGUGCAGACCUUGUUUAGAAAACGCCUGCAAAGACUUCUACACCUCCACAUGCCGCAGGGGCUUUGCUACUUUCCACAACAAGGUACAAAACUUCUUCCGCAGAGUAUCCAGGCGUUUCGGACCAGAGCAGACCAAACUGGAGCCAGGGGACAUCCUCGUGAACCAGAACAGUCCUGAGACUAAUGUGAGCCACAUAGAGGAGUCCUUCUCUCAGCUCAUGUCCCAAGUGGGGGCAGUGGUGAACCGCAGCAUGGCUCUAGUUUCCCAAAUGAAAGGCAAAUGGGACCAGAGCCUCCUGAACAGCUUCCUGAAUAAUACACAAGAGCAGAGUGUGCUGGAGAGGGAGCAGGUGGACCCCUUCUACCCAGCCCGGGAUUCUGGGUACCUGCAGGGAGUGGGGCUGGAUGAGGUGCUGGACUCCUUCUAUGAUUUUGGGCGCAGCGUGGUGCAGGAGUUUGGGGCAGUGGUCACUCAGGUGUUUGGAGAUUUGAACGAGGCUGUGGAGGAGGCAAAAAAGACAGAGAGGGAAAGCAUUCCUCGUUUCAUCCAAAACAGGAAGUUGUGUAAAGAUCUCCGCAGACAGACUUCUGAGUGCUGGAGGCUGCACAGUCAGUGCGAGGCCUGCCAGGGGGCGCUACUCACAGAGUGCCCCAGUGUGCGUGACCUCCAUGUGGAGCUGGACGAGGUGUCCCAGCUGCUGGACGCCUCUAGAGUGCAGUACGAGGAGGUGCUGUCCAUUGUUCGCAGACACGUGGACGAGACUCUGGACUGGCUCUCCAACAUGGCUGCUGAGUUCAGCUGGGUGUCCUGGGUUCACCCCUCCACCAACCGGAGCGCACCACAGAACAUCUUCAGGGUUACUAUGGUGGCACCAGAGAGCCAUGAUGAGAACCUGCCUGUGCGUGACACCAAAGUGCAGGUGAACAUCCUGAACUCUCCCCCUCUGGAGCUGUCUGUCCCGGGAGAACUGGAGCCACAGGACCCCUCCUUCAUCCAGUACAUCGCCCAAGAAGCACUAGACAAGUACAAGGAGAUGGUCAGGUUUGAGGAUGUGUAAAACUCCCAAAUGUACCUCUAUAAAAGCAUCCAAGCACUUUAAUGACUGAUUGUGAAUGUA